GGUGGAUGGAGAUGCUUCCCUGGAUGAAGGUUGUGGAUUUGAUUAGAUGUUCGCUGUGACCGAGCUGCAGAAAUGGAUCCGUCCAGGAGAAGUGAGAGUGACUGGCAGGGGCUGGUGAACGAGUUCCUGGUGUGUAAACGAAAGCUGGAGAGUAAGAAGGAGGCCCUGCUGAUUCUCUCCAAGGAGCUGGAUACCUGUCAGCAGGAGCGAGACCAGUUCAAACUGAUGGCCAACCAGCUACGAGAGCGCCACCAGGGGCUGAAGAAGAAGUACAGAGAGCUCAUAGAUGGCGACCCGUCUCUCCCUCCAGAAAAAAGGAAGCAAGUGAAUUUGGCUCAGCUGCUGCGAGACGCUCAGGAGAAGAACAAGAAGCUGAGUGAUGACCUGAAGGAACUGAGUCAGAGGUUAGCAGAGGUUCAGGGGGACAACAAGUUGUUGAGGAUGACCAUCGCUAAACAGCGUCUGGGUGAUGAAGAGGUGGGAGUUCGGCACUUUCCGGCCCAUGAAAGAGAAGAUCUGGUGCAGCAGCUGGAAAGAGCUCGAGAGCAGAACUCGGAGCUGGAGCAGAGUGUGAAGGCGGCGGCGGACGAGCUGCAGGACGUGAGGGCUGAGAGAAACGUCUAUCAGGAGAAAGCUCAUCGCCUCAACAUCGAGAUCAACCACAUCCUGGGCCGCCACGGCGGGCGCAUCCUGGACGUGGACGCGCUGUGCAUGGAGAACAGAUACCUUCAUGAACGGUUCAUGCAACUUCAAGAGGAGGUUUCCCUUCUCAAAUCUAACUUAAUGAAAUAUAAGAGCGCACUGGAGAGUAAGAAGAACUGUAAGGCGUACGGGAAGAGCAGCAGUAGUGCGCUGACCGGGGUGCUCUCAGCCAAACAAGUCCAGGAGCUUCUGCUGUCGGAGGAGAACGGCUGCAGCCUCCCCGUUACUCCGCAGUCCAUCAGUGACCUGAAAUCGCUGGCCACGGCUUUACUGGAAACCAUUCACGAGAAGAACAUGGUCAUUCAGCACCAGCGCCAAACCAACAAGAUUCUGGGUAACAGAGUAGCUGAACUGGAGGCGAAGCUCACGUUGGAGGUGUCUGGACUGUGGAGUCUGCCAGGCGUGACCUACGACGUGUCUGUGGGAUUGGGGAGAGGGAGAGAUGUGAUCAUUCUGAACGAACAUCAGCAGGUUCAGACCGCCGUGGAGCAUCCAGCACAGCUACAGCACAGCUCUGUGGGAGACGAGGAGGUGGUGACGGGUGAGGAGGUGACGGAAGACACCGCUCUGAGUCCCGAGGAGUCGCAGCAUCACAGCACCGCUUACUUCAAACUCACAGAGACGCCGGAAUCCAGCAGACGCGCCCCGACAGAUCCCGCCGCCGAUCUGAGCGAGUACGGUCACUCCGAGACCACUCCUCGUUCCGUGGACGCAGCAUCGGACAACGAUGAGCUCCAGACGUUAAACGACAGCGAGGAUCGGACAAAUCCACCUCCUGACAGUCCGGCACAAGGGCACGGCAAAGACACGGACCGAGUCGCGUGUGCUAAAGAGCAUCCGGACGUUCAGGAAAAGCGAGACGUGGACGGUACAAACCUGUCCAAGGAACUGAGAAUCGAGACGACAGAAGACGACAGUCCGGACCAGAACGGAGAGGAUCACUCCACGUAGUGGCAUAAACGACAAAGUACAUUUUCAACAUGGUUCACAGUGACUUCACUUCUUUUUAUCAGAUUAAAUAUCAGAAUAUUUUCAAA